AUGUCAGCCGAAAACCCAUUGAUUUACAACGACUCCAUGUCGGAGUCUGACUUUGCUCAUGCGCCCUCCACUUCCAUGCCGAUGAAGUUGGAGUCGAUCGACGAGUUGUCGUGCCACUUGCCCACCAAUCGUGACGUUGCUGGCGUUCCCGCGAUGCCCGACACUGGCGUGUACGAGUCUCCCAUAUUGGUGCACACCGAUGUGUUGGACAGCGUGUUUAGCACCACUCUCGACCACAAUGACCAGUUGAUCGACCACACGCCCAUGUUUGACGAGAUGGAUUUCAUGAUCGACGGCAACAAGGUCAACCUGAAGGAUGAUUGGGUGUCACUCUUCAAGGAUGAGCCUUGUGGUGCUGUUGAUGACCAGAGUGCUCCUGCUACUACUGCCGCAAAGGAAGAAGAUUUGGGCGACUUGUUUGCCGACGAGGUUCCAGAACAUCCCUACGAGGCUGUGCACGAGGUGCCAGCGGCCAACAAGCAACUCGAGACCCCCAUGACGCCCGCCUUGGCGACACCUGUGUUGGACAGAGAAGAAGCUCAUCGUCAGUUUCUGUCGCUUCUGCCAGCAAGGUAUCCAAGAGAACGAGGGUGGAUCACUUGGGCGUCACGUCAUACUCCAAGAAGCAGAGAAGCCAGCCUUUGA